CUUUUCAAGUAGCGACCACCAAGGCUAAGCGCGCAUUCACGGAUUUAAGACGCGACGCACCUCCGUCAGAAGCGCCGAUUCCGUCUAGCCUUCCGACAUCCCCACCAACACCCCCGCAGCCUUCUCAUGGGUGGGGUUAUCCGUGGUUGCUCAAGGCAAGCCCCAAGACCAGCCACUCGGAAGAACUCAGCAGAAGAGUCGCUGAGCUGUCAAAGGAACCGCAAAAGUUUCUCAUGGUGGGGGUUUCAGACGACCGCGCGGAGCACUACGUGAAUCUUGAGAGCGCGCUGCUUUCUGCUCCAGCUAUUCUCGAGGCGGACGAUCACCUGAGCAGAAUCUUUUCGGAAUUCGUGCCUCGGCUGGUCUCGGAACGGGAGUUUUGGAAGCGGUAUUUCUACGUGGUGGCGAAGGUGGAGCUCGAAUUAGAGCACGAGGAGGACUGGGGUGCUGCGGACCCUUCUCCCCUCGGCUCCCCUGCCAGUGUGGGAUCGCACGGACGGCUUUUCUCGCUUCCCAUGUGGCAUCCUAAGGAACGGGACAUGAAUGGUAGCACUUGCAGCACAACGACGAGCGUGUGCAGCUUUGGAGGAAACGUGGACCCGCCCAAUAUCCCAUCCUCUGUGCUCCUGCGCAAUCUCGCCCAGGCUGUCAGCUACUCUGCUCCGUUUGCGACGCUCAAGGACCUGGUAGCCCACAAUGGCAAGUGGCCGGGCACUGCCCUCGCACAGGCUGUGGGAGCUGGGAUUGGCCGAGCCUUCUCCCUCUCCUCUAUAUCGAAUGUAAACGACAUUGACACCACGGAUGACAUGAUUCAAAGGCUUUUAAGCUCAGGAGAAGAGGCCGCAUUUGAUUGCAGCUGCGACACCUUCAGCGGCAGCAGCAGCGGCGGUAGUGGCACGAGCAACGGCAAGCCCCCCCAGGAAAAGCCGAGCGACGCCGCCCCGCUGGCAGCGACCGCCCUGGUGCACUCAGUGCAUGGAGCAUAUCCGGACAGCUUUGUGGCGCAGGUGGCGGCGCUCAUGGCAGAACUACCUUCGGAGAAGGACAUGGCGCAGCUGUGGCUGGCGCUGGUAGAACAGCUGCGGGUGCGGUGGAAGCAGGGGGUGCCGGUGCCGCAUGUAGCAGCAGGCAGGCACGGCCCGGACCUGCGGCUGUGCGAGGUGAUGCAGCACCUGCAGCUGCUCAACUGCUGCAUCGCCCGCCAGCGCCGACGCAAGACUAUCGGGUUCGCGUGUAAGCUUCCAGGCUCAGCAGCAGCAGGAACAGGUCCUGGUGGUGGUGUUGUGGGAAGGGGUGGCAGCAGGAAGAUCAGGGAAUCGUUGUCAGAAGGUGCUGCGGGUUUUGCUGUUGCUGCAGGUGCUGCUGGUGUGGGUAGGCCUAGUAGCAGCAAUGUCAGGGCAGUUUUGUCAGAAGGGGCUGAUUGUGGGAGCGACAUGGCAGCAGCAAGCACUGACGGCUCAGAGCCCUGUGAUGCUUCAAAAGGUGCUGUUGCUGCGGGGAGAAGCGCGAGAGACGUUUGCCUAGGAGGAGCAGAGGAGCAGAGCAGAGCAGAGGAGACGCUGGAAGCACAAUGGGCAGAUACUGAAACUCUGAAUCGCAGUAGUGAAGCCACAUGCACCGUGCCUGAAGCAGGGGGCAAUGCUGGCAUGGAAUCCUGUGACCGCAUUAUGAAUUCAUCUGAGGAGCCUCCCUUUUACACAGCAGCAAGGGGAGGAGCAGGAGGAGCUGGAGAUGAUUCAUGCGGUGCGGAUGAUGAUCUGGCAGCGGGGCCGUGCUGGAAUCGGGACUGUCCAGGUCAGCACCUGUUUCUAUGUGACACGUGCUCUCUGCCAUGUGGGAAUCACCCACCAGUGGAGCAUACGGGUCAGGUAUCGCCAGGGGCGGCGCCGGGGGCAGCAGCAGCAGAGUAUCACCUUGACGCAUGCUAUGCGCGGGUGCAGUCAGGGAGGCGUGUGCUGCGGAGGGGCGUCAAGGAGCAGUCAAAGAGCCUGCGGUUGCUGGAGACCGGCGAGCCGCUGUGCAUCCCUGUGACCCAGGACGGGCCUCUGAUGACCGAGUCGAGUGUGCGGGAGAGCGAGGAGCUUAUCAUGCGCACUAAGAGCUUUGGGACUGGUCACAAGCAGCUCUUCUCGGACAUGCAAUCUUUCAAGGCGGCCAACCCCGGGUGUGUCUUGGAGGACUUUGUUCGCUGGUACUCCCCACCCGACUGGUCGCCACUCCCUCAGUCGCCUUCCGUUCACUCACCCUCUCCCCAUACACCGUCUGCCAAACCUCCCACUGUACAAACACCCACUCUCGACUCGGCCUCGCUCCCCUCACCCACCUCCCACACACGUGAACUUGCUUCCGAGGCAAAGACUCCCUGUGCCGCCACAUGUGCUGCUUCCUGUGCUGCCACAUGUGCUGCUUCCUGUGCUGCCACAUGUGCUGCUUCCUGUGCCGCCACAUGUGCUGCUUCCUGUGCUGCCACAUGUGCUGCUUCCUGUGCUGCCACAUGUGCUGCUUCCUGUGCCGCCACAUGUGCUGCUUCCUGUGCCGCCACAUGUGCUGCUUCCUGUGCUGCCACAUGUGCUGCUUCCUGUGCUGCCACAUGUGCUGCUUCCUGUGCCGCCACAUGUGCUGCUUCCUGUGCUGCCACAUGUGCUGCUUCCUGUGCUGCCACAUGUGCUGCUUCCUGUGCCGCCACAUGUGCUGCUUCCUGUGCCGCCACAUGUGCUGCUUCCUGUGCUGCCACAUGUGCUGCUUCCUGUGCUGCCACAUGUGCUGCUUCCUGUGCCGCCACAUGUGCUGCUUCCUGUGCCGCCACAUGUGCUGCUUCCUGUGCUGCCACAUGUGCUGCUUCCUGUGCUGCCACAUGUGCUGCUUCCUGUGCCGCCACAUGUGCUGCUUCCUGUGCUGCCACAUGUGCUGCUUCCUGUGCUGCCACAUGUGCUGCUUCCUGUGCCGCCACAUGUGCUGCUUCCUGUGCCGCCACAUGUGCUGCUUCCUGUGCUGCCACAUGUGCUGCUUCCUGUGCUGCCACAUGUGCUGCUUCCUGUGCUGCCACAUGUGCUGCUUCCUGUGCUGCCACAUGUGCUGCUUCCUGUGCCGCCACAUGUGCUGCUUCCUGUGCCGCCACAUGUGCUGCUUCCUGUGCCGCGUCUCACGGCCGAGAGAAACUAGGCCAGGCUGCAGGGAGCGCUGCAGGGGGAAGAAUUGACUCUACACCCAAAAAGACGGGUUACCUCAGCGUGCGGAUGAAGGCUUCAGAUAACCUGUGGCAGCAGCUGUGGAACCGCGCUCGACCGCUGCCCAUCGCUCUCCAACCCCCCUUGGUGGACUACGACUAUGCUGCGGAGAAGAGCCUUACCUGGCUGGAGAGCAUUCCCCCAUCCCACCUCUUUGCAGAGCUCUUCACCGCACUCGUUGUCGCUGGAUUCUCUGCCGCUGCCUCAGCAUACCACACUCCCCCCACCACCUCCUCCUCGUCUUCUCUCCCCGCAAGACGACAGGAUGGCUGGGUGCGUGUUAAUGGUUCAGACGUAGCAGCAGCAGCAGCUUGGAAGCAAGAUGGGGAGGAGGAGGAGGAAGGGGAAGGGGAGGGGGAAGGGGAGGGGGAGGAGGAGGGGGAGGAGGAGGGGGAGGGAGAGGCCUGUGUACAGGCAACAGCAAAUGGGCACAUCAGAGCCCGCGUGGCGGAGUGCUGCCGCUACGUGGCUGGCGCAUGCACGAGGGGAAUGAGCGAUGACAAGAUAACCAACGUGUGCCUUGUAUACGAGAUGAUGGAGGAUAUAGUGGUGGGCCCGCAAGCCAAGGCGCAGCUUCCCAGGGCCAACACGUCAGCCUCUCAAGACGCCCAACCUGUGUCCACACUCAAGCCCUCGCUCCUGCAGCAGUGGCAGCAGUGGCACUCCAAACCCUCCGCCAAACCCCACGACAACCACCAAUACCCGCCCGGCGACGCUCACCCGAUCGACCCUCUCCCAGAAAACGCCCUUUUGAGCAACCCUCAACCAAACGACCGUCAUGACAACGACACUCACCAAAACGACAAGGAGGAUGACAAUCACGCGUGCUCCGACUCAGAGCCAUACGACACACGAAGCCUCUCCGAUGCUUCGUGCGGCACAGGCGGGUUUUCUCCUGAGCCCAGCACGUCUCCUCGCAUCCACCCCCCCGCCAACACACCUGCUCGCCGGUUCUCCAUCCUGGGAGCUGGAUCGAGCUUUCCUUCCUUCCCCACUGCGAGUUUUCCCACAAGCCCCAUGUUUGGGUCUAUCGACCUCUCCUCCCUGCAUCAGUACAACCAGCAGCAGCAGCCACCCCAGCAGCAGCAGCAGCAGCAGCAGCAGACAAUCCAGCAGGUGGUUGAAGAGGGUUCAGCUGACCUUCGAUUCCUCCCACACCCACUGCGCCAAGCUGCCACUGUCGCUGUCAGUGGCAUGCCUGCCAGUCAGCAGCUCUAA